UCCUAGCGAGUAUGUGGGGGCCAGGGGGCCCAGGCAGUCCUGGGACCCCCGGCCAUGGGACAGCGAGCCCACCCCGGAGCGCCAGGGUGCUCUGGCACCCACCCCAGGAAGUGCCAGGACCUCGGAGACUCAAUUCUUCUGAUUCUGGGCAGCUUCAUCUUGCUCAACGUGGGGAUCAACGUGGUGACUCUGCUCUGGAGGCAUCUGAAGAGCAACCUGCGGCUCCUCUUCCGUCACCUCUUCCCCAAAGACAAGCAAGCCAGAGGCGUGGGCAACCGUCCCACGUGCGUGUGCUGCUCCGAGGACCCCAAGAACCUGUGCUCGAGAGUCUCUUCCGGCUACCAUCGUCGCUUCCUGCCGGGGCGCUCCGACCACCUGGACUCCUGGAGAGUAGACGCAAAAGACGAGAAGGCCUCCGGGUGCCGCUGGAUGCCGCCUCGGGGUGGACACGCAGGGGGUCCUGUGGACGCGCCAUGGGGACUGUGGAAGGAAGGGGUGAUGGGAGCCGGGGAGGCCCCUCAGGUCACAGCCUCAGAGGCCCGGGCGCCCUUCCUCUCCAGGCACGAGACACCUUCCCAGUUCCCCAGGAUGAGCAAGGCAGACAUGGCUCCCCUCCACUUGCCCGAGAGCGAGACUAAGACCCCAGACUACGACUCGGCCCAGGCCCCGGCCCCGGCCCAGAUCUCCCCCCCAGCCCACACCCCUGAGCACAACCCCCUCCAGGCCCAGGCCCAGACCCAGAUCUCCCCCCCAGCCCACACCCCUGAGCACAACCCCCUCCAGGCCCAGGCCCAGACCCAGAUCUCCCCCCCAGCCCACACCCCUGAGCACAACCCCCUCCAGGCCCAGGCCCAGACCCAGAUCUCCCCCCCAGCCCACACCCCUGAGCACAACCCCCUCCAGGCCCAGGCCCAGACCCAGAUCUCCCCCCCAGCCCACACCCCUGAGCACAACCCCCUCCAGGCCCAGGCCCAGACCCAGAUCUCCCCCCCAGCCCACACCCCUGAGCACAACCCCCUCCAGGCCCAGGCCCAGACCCAGAUCUUCCCCCCAGCCCACACCCCUGAGCACAACCCCCUCCAGGCCCGGCCCUCCUCCCCGGCCCUCACUCCUGAGCACCCCGACCCCCAAGCCCAGAUCCUCUCCCCAGCCCCUGCCCCCGAGCAUGCCUCAGCCCAGGCCCCUCCACAUCCCCCAGGCCUCACCCCUGAGCACACCCAGCACACUGCUGCCCACGCCCAUGACCCUGAGCACCCCUCAGCCCAUUCCCUGGGUCACAGUCCCGGGCACACAAUAGCCCAUGCCCCAGCCUUCCCUCCGGCCCAUGCUCGUGUGACCUAUACCCCCACCCCUCACACCCUGCUCCCUGCUCCCGCCUCUGCCCCCGUGCCUCCCCCAACUGCUACCCCAGCCCCUGGCUCAAUCUCUGUCCCCACCUCAGCUCUGGUCAUGACCCUGACUACCGCUCCUGUCCCUAUUCCUAUCUCUGUCUCUGCCACCAUACCUACCCCCAUCCUAACUCCUAUUCCCUCUACCCCGACUCCCUUCAGCCAAGGCCUCCCCACUGGCCAGGUGGUCUACGAUGCCCGCAGGGCAAAGCAGAACUUAUGCCACGUGUGCCCGCCCCAGAACUCUGGGUAUUCCAGAAAGGACUCGGGCACCCUCCCCAGGGCCCAAGAGGGGCAGGGUCUGGGCAGUUCUGGGGCAGUGGAGCAAACACCGAAGCCACAUAGUGGGGACAGUGCCAAGCCCUCCGCAGGGUCCAUACUGGGUUACCUGGAGUUGGGGAAUAUGGAAUGGAAGAUCUCAAAUGACGCCAAAGACAAGUUCCUACAGCCCAAGACCUUCCCUUACUGUAGCUUCCACCCUUGCAGCUCUGAGAGGAAACACACAGACUCCCAGACUCCAGUCUACCCCAAGUGCGUGGUCUACUCCAAGGAUGCCAUACCUUCACAACCUUGCGUUCAUUCUCCAACCGGUGGCCAGAGCGUGCUGGGCACUAUUCCUCCACCAUGCACUCUAUCUCUGCCUCUUAUGCCUCCCAAAUCCUUUGUCCUCCGUCAACUCUCCAACCAUCAAAAUCCCCCAACCUCCAAGUCUUCUCCAUCCACCCCCUCUUCCCAGUUUCCCAUCCCUCCCCAGCUCUCCGAGACGUUCCAACCCCCAAUCCAACCCCAGGCCCCUGAACUUCACGAGAGUCCGGGCCUCAACCAAAACUCUGACCUCCAAAGGACUCCAAACCUUUCAAGAGACUCAAGAGUUCCUAGGAACCCAGGCCUUGCCCCAAAUCCAGGCCCCUACAAGAACCCAGGCCUUGUUCAAGAUCUUGGCCUGAACAAGCCCCCAGGCCUUCCCCAAGACCCCUAUCUUUACAAGAGUCCAAGCCCUUCCCAAGACUCUGGACUUCCCAAGAAUCUAGUCCUUACCCAAGAUUCUGGCCCCCAGAAGAAUCUAGGUCCUAUUCAAGAUGGAAGUAUCUCUAGGAGCCCAUGUCUCACCCAACCUUCUGACCUCCACAAAAACACACCAUUUCCCCAAACUUCUGACAUUCAGAGGAGCUCAGGCUUUAGGCAAAACUCUGGAGUCUAUAGGAAUCUAGAACAAAACCAAGAGACUAUACUCUAUAAAAGUCAAGAUUGCUCCCAAACAACUGGUCUCCAUAACAGCCCAGGCCCUUCUCAAGAUUCUGGAGGUUAUAAGAGUACAGGUAAUGCCAACGACUCGGGAGUCUCUAGGAGUCUAGACCUUCCCCAAGAUUCUUGCCCACGUAAGAGCCCAUACCUUGCCCAAGACUCUGGAGUCAACAAAAGCCCAGGCUUGGUCCAAACCUCUGGCCUUCAUAAGGGCUCAGGCCUUACCCAAGACUCAGGAGACUACAAGAACCCAGGCCUUCCCCAAGAUUCUGGAGUCUACAGAAGCGUAGGCCUUACUCAAGAUUCUGAUCUCCAUAAGAAUCCAGGCCUUACACAAGCCACUGAAGUCGAAAGGAGAUGCGGCCAUAUACAAGAUGUUGGAAUUCACAGGAGCCCAGAACGUACCCAAGACCCUAACUUCCACAAGUACCCAGGAAUCAGUCAAGAUCCUGGCCCCCACAAGGGCCCAGCCCUUACCCAAGACCAUGGCCUCCCCAGGACUCAAGGCCUUACUGGGGGAUCGGGCCUCUGCAAGGAUUCGUGCCUUACCCCAAGUCCCCACCACCACAAGAACCCAGGCCCUGUCCUAGGUACUGACACUGUCCAGGUCUCGGGCCUACCUCAGACCCCAAAGACAACACAAAUGACAAAGUCAUUUGUACCCGAGGAGGCUCCUCGGAAGGAGGGUCCAGAGCAGCACCUAUCAUGGAUUUCUGUUCCACUGAGUCAGAACUCCUACUCCUCCAAACCCCAGGUGGUCUACAGUGACCUGCACACCUUCUCAGAGGUACCCGUGCUGAUCGAGCUGCAGCCAUCCCCCCGGCGAGCAGGCAGCCAAGACUGGGUGUAUCGUCCCGUGGGCACCAUCCCGUCAGCCUGCCAGAACUAUCGCCAGAAGUCUAUGCCUCCCCAAAACAACUGGAAGCCCUACUGUCCUGGGUCGGGCAUCCACGUAGGGCACGUGGUCUUUGACGCCCGCCAAAGACAGCUGGGCAGGGACAAGUGCGAAGCUCUGACUCCCAGGCGCGUUCGCCAAGAGGCACCCAGCAACUCACGGAGACCAUCAGGGAGUGGGGACAUCAGUGUGUGGUGAGGACCCUGGAAAAAGAGGGGACAAAGGUGCAUUGGGAAUAAAGAGACAAGAGAAAUGUUGUGUGGCUGAUUGAGGACAUCCACCCCAGCCCCAUUCCCGACGCUGGCCAGCCACGGGCCUCAGGAAGACUGGUGCUAGCCUUGUCCCUGCUCCUGCAUUGCCACGUAGCGAAACCCAUUGUCCCCAAGGCCCUCAGGCUGCAUUGUCCGAUACAGUAGCCACUGGCCACAUAUGGCGAUUAAAACGUAACUUAACGAAAACUAAGCAAACUUCAGGGGCGCCUGGCACAGUUAGGUGGGGCGCGUAAUUCUUGAUCUCGGGCUCAUGAGUUCAAGCCCCCCACUUUAAAAAAAUGAAAGCAAAACAAAAGCAAAAAGAGUAAAAUCCUGUUCCUCAGUCCCAGCAUCUACAUUUCAAGGGCCCAAUAGGCACGGGUGGCUGCUAUAUUGGACGGCACAGAUUCAGAACAUUUCCAUCGUCACAGAAAAUCCUGAUGGAUGGCAGUGCUUUAUUUAGAGUUUAGAGAA